AUGUUGCUUAGCACUCCGUCUCUUGUCUUGCCUUCAUUGUUCGCAGUUGCAGCGGCCUACAGGCCAUGCCCUAUCUUAGGUCCGGUCUUCGAGAAGCCGACGGAUCUGUGUGAUGCAGACAUCUUCCAGGCCGCGAUCAAGAACCUUACUACCACUCUCGGCGUUGCAAGCAAGACGGCUCACACCCGCUAUGGAAGCCUUCCGAUCAACACCACGUCGUUCUCCAUUGGGAUGUUUGAUGCAGGCUCGACGCUCUUUUCUUACCAGUACUCUUCGCCAGCGCUCGAAGCCGGCUCUGCUGGUGUCAAGCAGGUAACCGAGGACUCUGUGUACCGAAUUGGCAGCGGCUCGAAACUGAUCACGGUGUACCUCUUCCUGAUCGAAGUCGGCGCGAAGUACUGGAACCACCCCAUCACCGAGUUCGUUCCUCAGCUCGCGGACGCAGCGAAGAACUGUUCUGCCGCAAAAGACCCAGUCGACUGCACCGACUGGAACGAUGUCACGCUAGGUGCUCUUGCAAGCCAUAUGGCAGGCAUGCCCGCUGACUACUCUACGCAAGCCGAGCUUCUGACCCAACUGACCCAAGCGGAGCUCGCCGAGUACGGACUGCCUCAUCUACCGGCUUCGACCUUCCCACCUUGCGGAUGGAACUACACCGACGCUUGCGUGGAGCAGCGGUACCUGUCAGGAUACACCGCCGAGCACCCCAUCUACGCUCCUUUCACCACACAUAUCUACAGCAAUGGAGGCUUCGAGCUCCUCGAAUUCGCACUGGAGAAUAUCACCGGAAUCUCGAUGGCGGAUAUGGUCCAGAAAGAUCUGUUUGGGAAGCUCGGUAUGACGCACUCGAGCUACAACGUACCAAGCAAUCUUAGUAACGCUGUCAUGCCAUUGGGAGCGAUCAAGUCCGGCUUUGUCGCUAAGCUUGGGGAUGAGACUGCGGUUGGCGGUUUCUACACCUCGCAAUCUGACUAUGUCAAGAUGGGUCAAAGCAUACUUUCGGCGACGUUGCUGUCACCAAACACGAUUCGGCAAUGGAUGAAGCCAGUGACAUUCGUCUCCAACGGCAAUGGCGGUGUCGGCAUGCCAUGGGAAAUUUGGGGAGCAGCCGACUUGACCGAUCGAGUCGUUGACAUGUACACCAAGUCAGGCGACGUCUUCUCCUACAGUUCGAUGUUCGUGCUGAUUCCGGACUACAAUGUCGGUUUUGUCGUCCACGUCGCCGGCGAUGAUACAACGUCAACUGCCGAGAUCCUUUCGGGUAUCGUGGCUGCCAACAUCGUACCAGCUCUGGAGAACACAGCGCGCGCACAAUCGCAAGCGAAGUUUGCAGGCACGUACUCCGCCACAGCAGCCGGACCGGCGUCGAACAUUACGCUGAGCACCGAGCCUGGCACCCCGGACUGGCAGUGA